AUGGAAGAGUACGAAGGUCCUGAACCGGGUACAUGUUCACUGCAGCAGCAACAUGCGGUACAAAUGGUACUCAGUUUGUUUGGUGUUAUUUUGAGACCUCUGCAUGACUGCUUAGCCGACUUGCCAAAAAUCCUGGAUGGAUCAACUCCACUGCCAUCAAAAAUGCGAAGAGUGUUGCCAGCUAUUUUCGUUAUUUCCGAAUGGCUUUCGAUGCCAACAGUAAAUCGUUUAUAUGGAAGUAUGCCAUCAUUGGAAUCAAUUGAAACUCCACUGUUACGUAUUGAUACGUGGAAAAUAUUGGCGGAUAUAGCGAAUGCAUUGGUUAGCGCCGAAUCGCAGGGCGUUCUGUCGAGGAGUCUUGCACAAUCGGAUGCAAAAUCGGAAGAAUUCACGGAAAUUGUCCUUCCUGAAUCGGUAUUUUUGGCCUCAUUUAUCGAUGUCUUCACAGUGGUACCAAAAUCGUUGCGGAUGUCAUUGCUAGCAAAUAUUGAUCUUCGCAAUAAUGUGAGUUGA